UACGUUCCGUGGAGAAUACCAAUUUCUUUUAGAUUUUGUGCUUAGUAAUACGGUGUAUAAAAUGUAUAGAAACCAUUUUCUAAAUACAACAUAUCGUUUUACAGCGCCGCAUAGCAUUUCGGCUAGUAUGCUGUAGAUUGUGAAUGUAAUCGUUCAAUUGUUAAACACCCAAUGGAAAACGCAAGUCCUUCCGAGCGCCAAAAGGGCGGCCAAGCUAUAUUGGAACAGCGGCGAGCUACGUCAGCGCUGGACUGGCUUUUGAUUUAUAGCCUGGCCAUGUUCACACUUCCGUUCGGGGCGUUUUAUUUCACUCGGCAUGCACUGACCGAUUACCUGCACAUCGAAGGCUUUCCCAACACCUGCGGUUCCGUUGUGGCGGCAGUUUUGGUCGUGAACGUGAUCAUCUUGCUGUACGCCUUGCGGGGCUAUGAAGACGCGAAAGAAGAUGAUGAAAAUGCACCGGAUGAGACCGCUAGUGAAGCAAACAUGGUCGAGCCCAAGAAAGUGAAGUAGCUCCUUAUGCAGCUUACCGACGUGAAGAUUUGAGUGUUGUUCGCAGCAAACGUU